CAGGUUCCCUCUCUGUUCCCGCCUAUACCGCGUGGUUCGGCGCCAUGGAGCCCGGGCAGCUCAGUAGGCCGGCCGAGCCGGGGCAUUGCGUGAGCGGCUCGCCGAGCGAGAGCGCGGCGUUUCCAGCGUCCCUGCUGUCUACCGCCGGGGCCGAGCCCUGGGGUCGCCCCGCAGCCGUGGCCGCCGUGCUGCCGGCCGGGGGCUGCGGGGAGAGGAUGGGCGUCCGCACCCCGAAGCAGUUCUGCCGCGUCCUGGAGAGGCCGCUCAUCAGCUACACCCUGCAGGCCCUGGAAAGAGUAUCCUGGAUAAAAGACAUUGUUGUGGCAGUGACAAGAGAGAACAUGGAAGCAAUGAGAAACAUCAUCCAGAGGUAUGGGCAUCAGCGCAUCUCACUAGCAGAGGCUGGACCCACACGCCACAGGUCAAUUUUCAAUGGACUGAAAGCACUGGCAGAGGACCAGCCAGACUGUAAACUCACUAAACCACAAGUUGUGAUUAUCCAUGAUGCUGUGAGACCUUUUGUUGAUGAAGAUAUUCUCCUGAGAGUUGUCAUAGCAGCUAAUGAACAUGGGGCAGCAGGAGCAAUUCGACCUCUGGUGUCCACUGUCAUUAGUCCCUCAGCUGAUGGUUGCUUAGACCAGUCUCUGGACCGUGCUAAACACAGGGCAAGCGAAAUGCCACAGGCUUUUCUCUUUGAUGUGAUCUAUGAAGCAUAUCAACAGUGUAGUGACUAUGACUUGGAAUUUGGAACAGAGUGCUUGCAGUUGGCCCUAAAGUACUGUCACACAAAAGCAAAACUUUUAGAAGGGUCCUCCGACCUCUGGAAGGUGACCUACAAGCAAGAUCUGUAUGCAGCUGAAUCAAUGAUUAAGGAGAAAAUUUCACAAGAGGUUUGUGUGGUUGUGAACACAAAAGAUGAAGAAUCUUUAGGGUAUCUUCUCAAGGAAGUGCUAAGAAAAGAAUUAAAUUGCCUUAACAUCACAUCCACACCCCUAGAUCACACAGGUGGAGACAUCCAGAACUUCCUCAUAGCCCAGUGUUAUAGCGUCAUCUCUGUGAAUGUUGUGUCCUCGGAUUUUCAAAAAACUCAGAAGUUCCUGAGCACACUUGGAGAGAGCAACCUUCCUCUCUUGUAUCCUGUAGUUGUUGUUUUGGUAUAUUUCCUUGACUUCACCUUAGCACCACUCACUCAGGAGAUGGAAAACUUGAUGUGGAUUAGGGAACUGGCAAAGGAAGUGAAAAAGAGGAAUGUUUUAUUAAAUGGACUCCUCAUCAACUACUCACAGGAUAAGCAGAAACUACAAGAGAGUUUACGACAAGGUGCUUCCAUCAUAGGUGCUUUAGUUAAAGAAAGAAGUUCUGCACUUGCUGGUCAGCUCCUGGUGGCAUGAAAAGCACAGACAAAGUCAUCUAAAAGCUUCCAAAGACAGGUCCCUAAGGCUUUCUCUUGUACCUGCUUCCCUACCUCAAUGUCUCUUCCUUGUGUGUGGUAGAGUAUUUUAGUUGUGUUUUUCAUCUUGCCACUUAUAGAAUGUGAUGCUUAGGUUUUAAAAAUGGGUUUAUGUUCUUGUCCAUGAAAUUAUAUGUGUCAAAUAAAAAUGGCUCUGACCAUAGAAAGAUAGAUAAAUGAAAAAUACCAUCUUUAUGUAAAGAACCUGUUCACUACUAUAAGAAGGUCCAAUUGAGAUGAUAAGGUGAGCUUGUGAAAUGUUAUUUGGCAUCAUUUUAAAAAGUCUACUCCUUCUAGAUAGUUUCAGAAAAGUUUGUAGAGCUUCAUGAAGGUUUAGUUGCUUGUGUCAGUCCC